AUGGCGAUGAAGUCAGCUAUUGCUCUAUCGAGACGAAAAGCUCCCUCGCAUAAACCCAGCUUGGGAUAUUCAAGGCCAACAAGAGAUCACAAGUUUGACUCUGAAUCUGGCCAAGUAUUCUCGGAGAUAGAAGUACCCCUCAACAGGAAGCAGUACUCUGACUGGAUCGGGGAGCCCAAAACGCCCGCUCUGGUCAAGAAGCCACCUCGAAAUGGAGCGGGUGCUCGCUCACUGGCUGAGAUGGCAAUAAUCAAAAUUGCUCUCGAAUUCAGGGUGCUAAAUGCGGAUCAUUUUACUCAUAUACCCUGGGCCAUGGCGCAGAGAGUCUGGAAUGAUGUGUUGUCCAUGCGGAGAGAAAGCUUCCAUGUGUGGAGGACUCUGGCUUCGGCAUAUCCCGACGCAGAAGAGUUUGGUCAAAGGGAAUACAGAUAUCUCUUGGAGAUCAAACAGCUCUUGCAACCUGUUUCGGAAUAUUAUACUGGCAUCACGUCUCCCGGAAACAAUUGGUUGACGUGCCUGCGUGUUUCACCAAAGCAGAUGGCUACGAGUGAUUUCUUGUCAAUUCAUACCAUAACCAAUCUAGCAAUUCUUGACCUCUCUGAUGGACAAAUUACCAUCGACGACAUUUCCUCGCGAUAUGACGAACGGAUGAUGCGGGCGUGGGCGGAACUGGCCGCGUCUGGCCAGGCAUUUCAACAUCUCCGAGUGAUUUUACUUGGUUGGCAAGAGAAUCUAUCCGGUUGGAUUUUUAAAUACGUCGACCGCUUCCCAUCGUUAUGCCACAUCAUUGUGACGGAUUGCCCACGAAUGCAUCAAAGAAAUCGGGGAGACUGGGAAAGUCUUUCCAUCGCGGCCGGUUGGGAUGCCAGACACGCGAAGAAGAGUGCCAGAAGCCUGCGUCCUAUCAUUGGCGACCAGGAUUUUCACUUUGGCUCCGUAUCGGGCUGCUACUACGACAGCAUCGAGCUCUUCAGGAACCUGGCCCACGCCCGCCGGCCAAAUCUGGUAGACAGAUUACCCUUGCUGGAAGUCUGGCUCGGAUCACCCCGGCAAUGGUCGCACAUUGUUGAUGACUUUCCCUCAACGCGAACGAUAUUCUUCGAGAAUCUCAAGACACAUGCUAGGGCGGAGAAGGCCAAACGGUCUCCAGUCAGCAAUCGUGACCAGGCCAAAAGAGUAAGGAACCGGGAGCUGGCUCCUCCAGGGACACUGUCGCCUCCGCCGAAGCGAGGACCCCAAACGAGACCAAUGAUGAGGUCGAAUGGAAAGAGUGUUGCAGACUUGCUGUGUGAAUUUCAGGCUUGA